CUUAGGUCCAACACAACAGAUUAACUUUGCCCUAUCACUCUGCUGCUGACUUGUUACACAGUCCGUGUGGAGCUUCAAUCAGUUGUGGGGAAGCAGGUAUUACGGUGAGACAUGGCAAGCAAGUCACUGCUCUUUCUCUUGCUAUCUGCACUGCUAGCCUAUUAUAUUUACACUCCUCUCCCGGAUAAUGUGGACGAGAAACUCACAGUCAUGCUGGUACAUGGAACAUUUAAAGCUCUUGGACACAUGGCAUAUAUGGCAGAGCUAUUUGGAAUCAAACAUUAUAUGGAUGGGAUGAUGCUUUUAACUCAUGCUGAGCACACAGAACCAGUAUCUGAUGAAAAUGUCUCAGUCACAGAUACCGUCUUUAGCAAUGUUCCCGUACGUUUAUUUAUCCCUAAAGCAGCAGUCACUGCACAAAGACGAGCAGUUAUUUAUAUUCAUGGAGGAGGAUGGUGCUUAGGAAGUUCAGCCAUGAAACCAUAUGAUCUUAUGGGAAGAAACACUGCUCAGCAGCUUGAUGCUGUCGUUGUUUCAAUAGAUUACCGAUUAGCUCCUGCAUUCCAUUACCCAACCCAAUAUGAUGAUGUGUAUGCUGUGGCGAAGUACUUCCUGAAUAAAGACAUUCUUCAGAAAUAUUCUGUGGAUCCAUCCCGAGUGGCUGUAGCUGGUGACAGUGCUGGAGGAAACUUGGCUGCUGCAUUAGCUCAAGAGCUGUUAAAUGACCCCGAAGUCAAAGUGAAGCUUAAGAUACAAGCAUUAAUCUACCCGGUUCUCCAGGACAUCGACAUGAAUACUCCGUCCUAUCAAGACAAUGGAAACAUGCCCGUACUGUCCAAGUCGCUGAUGGUCCGUUUCUGGAAUGAGUACAUCACUACUGACAGGACAUUGGGUGAAGCCAUGUGGCAUAACAAGCACAUCCCUGCUGAAGCUGAACAUGUGUUUAGAUAUGUAAACUGGAGCACUUUAUUACCAGACCACCUGAAAAAACAGCAUGUGUAUUUGAAACCUGAAUUUGGACCUUCACAUUUUGUUAAAAAAUACCCAGCAAUUCUGGAUGCAAAAGCAAACCCCUUAUUAGCUGGAGAUGACAAGUUAAAAGGCUUACCAACAACAUAUUUCAUUACAUGCAUGUACGACGUCUUAAGAGAUGAUGGCUUUAUGUAUGCAGAGAGGCUGAGAAAAGCUGGAGUCCAUGUGGAACAUGAUCAUUAUGACAAUGCGUUCCAUGGCGUUCUUUUAUUUAAUACUUGGCCAUUUGAAUUAAAAGUAGCACAUGCCAUGCACAACAACUACAUACGAUGGCUAAAUGAACGCUUAUGAGGAGCUCAGAUUGUAAGCUUGGCCAACAGAUUUGAGCAGAAGCACCUGGUUGUGUUGUAGCAAGGCAUCCAUGGUGCUUGAGGGUGCUGCACCCACAUACACUGUACCUCCUGACUGACAGGCGGGUUACAGAUACAUGUCAAAAGGUUCAAUAAUAUGUAGGCAAGUGACUGUUCCAGUUCAGUUUGUGCACCAUUUUUGUGUCUUGAUAGGGAGUAUCUGGCUCACUGUGGAUUGAAAAAUGUAUCAUGGGUAUGGUAUUUACUUGAUUUUUUUUGAAAAACUGCUUUACUGUUAAAGGAAAAUAUAAUCACUUUUUUUUUAAAAUAAACUCUCCAGUGUAAUUAUAACUAUAAGCAAACUGUUAACUUAAUGCUGGUGUGCUGUGUGAAUAUACAUAUAAAUAAAAGCAGUGAUGGGCGAA